AUGUUCCGUGUAUUGAGAAAGCCCCAGUUUUGAUGUUAAGACCUCGUGCUUGGAACAUGGUGGAGCACAGUAUUUUGGUGGCAGGUCAAGAGGUCCCAGGUCCCCUGGUAGACUUUGGGCUGUUGAUGUUCCAUGUUGGUCAGAGGCUGUUUAAGAUGGAAAGUGGGCCAUACUUCUAUUUGUCCAAGGUAGAGGGGUUCUUGGAAGCUCGUUUGUGGGAUAAAAUAUUUACCUGGACAGAACAAAAGCUUGGUCUCCCGCAUGGCACCAUUAAAGCCUGCGUUCUCAUUGAGAACAUCCUGGCCACAUUUGAGAUGGAAGAAAUCUUGUACGAGCUAAGAGACCACUCAGCCGGACUGAACUGUGGGAUAUGGGACUAUUCCGCAUCAUUUGUGAACAAGUUUGGUCAAAGAAAAGAUUUUGUCCUGCCUGAUCGCAGCAAAUAUGUAAACAUGGACCGUCACUUCUUGAAAAGCUACAUGGAUCUUCUCAUUCAAAUUUGUCACAAACGUGGUUGUCACGCUACAGGGGGUAUGUCAGCAUUGUUGUUGCCAGAUGACUGGGUUGCUAGGCAACAGGUGAUUGAACUAGCCGCAAGUUCAAAAUUGAAGGAGAUACAUGCUGGUGUAGACGGCUUCAUGGUGUAUGAUGUUGGCCUUGUUAAAGUCAUGCAAGAGCUAUUUAAGCGUUUUGCACCUGGCGUCAAUCAGAACGGUGUUAAGAGGAUGGACGUGAAAGUGACCGCAGGUGAUUUGCUGAGAAUGCCAGCUGGAGGAGUAACAGAAGAAGGUCUUCUGCACAACAUCGGCGUAGGUGUACUCUUUAUUGAAGCAUGGCUUCGAGGAAAAGGGCAUUUCUAUUAUAAAGGGUGUGUGGAAGAUUCAGCCACAGCAGAAAUUUCACGCUCACAGGUUUGGCAGUGGAUCAAGCAUCAGGCUUAUAUAGAGGGCACCACUGUCAAAGUGACAAGACACCUGGUUCGGGAGGCCAUUGGGAAAUUAGUACAACAAACCAUGCUCAGCCCUCACUUUGAUUUCAACUCUGAGCCCUCUAGGCACAGACUUUUGGCUGCAGCAGAAAUAUUUGAAGAGAUAGUCACCAAGCGAGACUUCCCAGCAUUUAUCACUACGUACUUGUACGAGUCUCGUACAUUUUUGAAUGCACAUUCCUAUCAUGUGAAUUGACAUGUGUAAACUGUGUUAUCAUACAUUUUUGUUUUAAUUUAUCAUAAUUUUUUUU